AUGAUGGAGAUGUUACUUGUGAACUAUUCAAGGUUGUCGUUAUGCCUUAGCAUCCGAAAAGGCACUACUCGAUCUUGCCACAUCUUCUCAUUUUCAUCCCAUCGCUAUUCGAACCGUGAACUUGUGAGCAGGCAACACGACCUUCGCUUUCUUAGUCAGCAUGUGAAAGAUCGGGAGCUCCAGGGCUGUCUCCGGCUGGAGCUGGAGUUCGAGUUCGAGUUCGAGUUCAAGUUCGAGUUCAAUGAGGAGGAGAACGAGAAGAAACCGUAG